AUGCGGCACGUAGGAAUCUCUCAAGGUCUGAUCCAACGAAGUGCAACCAAAACAUCAACAUCGAGACCUGCGUUUCCUCCAUUACUCUUUUCAUCAUUCCUAUCGGCUUUUUCCGAUAGGAAUGAUCAAAAGAGUAAUGGAGGAAACGCAGGUCUCGAUGUUGAUGUUUUGGCUGCGUUCUGUAAUAACUUGAACGGUCCUUAUGCUUUGGUUCUCUCUCGCUCUGUAUCACUAGAUUACUCUUGGAAUCUCUGA